UUAGUGUCAACACAUGUGCGGCCGCCGUAGCCAUGCGUUUUGAGGAAGAAAACUUUUAAUUUUAGUAGUCUGUGGUUAUUUGUAAGAAAUAAAAAUGCCUAGAGACAUAUCGUCGUCAUCUAGCGAAGACGAAGAGGACAAUAAUGCUACAGAAUCCCACGAACAGCAAAAAGAAACCGAUAAGAAGGCCAGCAGGUACCAGUGUCCUGCUGACUUUGUGUCUUUCCACCACAAGCCCUGCAGCAGCACUCUCACAGAGAGUCUGAAGAACAACAAGAAUGAAUUAUGGCUCAUCAAAGCUCCUGCCAGCUUUAAUCCAGAAUGUUUCAGUGGCAUCAAGGUGCCCCUCUCAGGUCUCCAGACCCUGAAGGUUCCUACCGCUGCAGGUGGAGCAAAGACUGGGAGUGGCCAGCAGAUCUACAGCAUCCUUGCAUCCACCCAUGGUACCUCAGAUCUCUGCCUGCUCACCAGGGACAAGCAAUCAUCAGAUACCAUGGUCUUUGGCCCCAGUUUUUCAGGUCUGAUGAAUGUGUGUGAGAGCUAUGGAGACAGCAGCACCAACCAGGCCCCUCAGGUCAUCCCUGCAGCUCCAGCACCCUCCAUACCGCCGGGGCUGAAACAGCGGUUUCACCCGUUUGGCAGUAAGACCCCCACUCUGACAUGUGUGGCAGAGAGUGAGGUGGAUGGAGCCGCCUUCGGGCCCUCGUCUGCAACUCUCCGCCCCUUGGUAGUCAAACGAUUUGUGGAAGAAACAUGGCAGGAGGAAGAGGAUGAGGAAGAAGGGAGGAAAAAGAAAAAGAAGAAAAAGAAAGAAAAGCGAAUAAAGACAGAGCGAGAAGAGGAAGUGGAGGAGGUGGUGAGAGUGAAAGAGGAACCUGUAACAGAAGUUCAGGACGAAGUGAUGAUGGAGCUCCCCCUCCAGGAGGGCGAUGUUUCAGAGGAAAGGAGGAAAAAGAAGAAGAAAAAGAGGGACAGGGAGCGAGAGGAGGUGGAGGAGGGCAUCGAGCCCAGUGUCACGGUGAAGGAGGAAGAGGUAACAGUGAAAUGUGAACCAAUGGACCCUUCAUAUGGUGAUGUAGUGGAGGGCUCAGGAAAGAAGAAGAAAAAGAAGAAGAAAAGCAAAACUGAUGACGAGUAACCUGUCGUCACUUUAUUGUGUUUAUUGUUUAUUGUUUAUUGUCGACCUUAUGAACUUGACUGGGAGCCACUCUACUCCUAAUUUACUCCAGUGUAUUGAUAGAUUGCAUAAUGAGAGGCUUGCUUUGGCAGGACAUUGCAUCCAGAGAAAAGAACACAUCCUGAAUCAAUUGAACACUUACACAAAUUAUAAAAUGGAUUCAUCCCAGCAUCUUAAAGGCCAACGUUCCCUCUCAUUUUGGGCUCAGAAAGUGACAGUUUUACACACAAAGAAUGUGUGCAGCCGCAGGCAUCUAUGAGUGCAUGGAUAAUAAGAGUGUACAUGAGGGGAACAUCUCUGUGUUCUGCCAGUGUCUGUCAAGUUGUGGUAGAUUUUAUGGGAUUAUUCUCACACUGUGUUGCUGCAUUUGUUUACAUAUUUACACAACUCUGCUGGUAAUGUUGCUGGUUUGGCGACAGGUUCAGAAAACCAGAGGUGAUGUAAAGACAGUAUAAUGAUUCACUGUCACGUCAUGUUAGGUUUUUUGUUUUUAAAGGAUUCGAGUCACAUGUAUUGGAGAACACGUGUUUCAAAAUAAACUCCUAAAGUG